GCCAAGUGUGUCCAGUUCUGGUACCACAUGUACGGUAGGGACGUCAACAGGCUCCGGGUGUACAUGAAGACUGGCUCAUCGCUUGGGAAUCCGGUGUGGACUCGGACAGGAGCACAGGGAAACCAGUGGAGGUCUGGGCAGGUAGACAUUCCAGCAGGGAUAUCAUUCAAUAUUGUGUUUGAAGCAAGUCGGGGAUCUGGAUAUUAUGGAGACAUCUCGCUGGAUGACAUCUCUAUUGUGGACAAUAGCUGCCCACCUGGCCCAUUUAACUGUGACUUUGAGCUGGGCCUGUGUGGAUGGAGACAGGCUCACGACGACAACUUCGACUGGAGCCGACACAGUGGAUCGACUCCUUCCUCCAGCACCGGGCCGAGUGCUGAUCACACCACUGGAAAUUGUGUUUGAAGCAAGUCGGGGAUCUGGAUAUUAUGGAGACAUCUCGCUGGAUGACAUCUCUAUUGUGGACAAUAGCUGCCGACCUGACCCAUUUGACUGUGACUUUGAGCUGGGCUUGUGUGGAUGGAGACAGGCCUACGACGACAACUUUGACUGGAGCCGACGCAGUGGAUCGACUCCUUCCACCAGCACCGGGCCGAGUGCUGACCACACCACUGGAGGUGGCUAUUAUAUCUACAUCGAGACGUCUUCUGGCUCAUCCGGUAGUGUCGCCCGUGUGAUCAGUCCUCUCGUUACUACAACAAGUGCCAAGUGUGUCCAGUUCUGGUACCACAUGUACGGUAGGGACGUCAACAGGCUCCGGGUGUACAUCAAGACUGGCUCAUCGCUUGGGAAUCCUGUGUGGACUCGGACAGGAACACAGGGAAAUCAGUGGAGGUUUGGGCAGGUAGACAUUCCAGCAGGGACAUCAUUCAAUAUUGUGUUUGAAGCAAGACGAGGAUCUGGACCGUUUGGUGACAUCUCGCUGGAUGACAUCUCUAUUGUGGACAAUAGCUGCUCACCUGGCACAUUUAACUGUGACUUUGAGCUGGGCUUGUGUGGAUGGAGACAGGCUCACGACGACAACUUUGACUGGAGCCGACACAGUGGAUCAACUCCUUCUGACGACACCGGGCCGAGUGCUGACCACACCACUGGAAGUGGCUAUUAUAUCUACAUCGAGACGUCUUCUGGCUCAUCCGGUAGUGUCGCCCGUGUGAUCAGUCCUCUCGUUACUACAACAAGUGCCAAGUGUGUCCAGUUCUGGUACCACAUGUACGGUAGGGACGUCAACAGGCUCAAGGUGUACAUCAAGACUGGCUCAUCGCUUGGGAAUCCUGUGUGGACUCGGACAGGAACACAGGGAAAUCAGUGGAGGUUUGGGCAGGUAGACAUUCCAGCAGGGACAUCAUUCAAUAUUGUGUUUGAAGCAAGCCGGGGAUCUGGAAAUUAUGGAGACAUUUCGCUGGAUGACAUCUCUAUUGUGGACAGAGUGGUAACACAUGACCCAUUUAACUGUGACUUUGAGCUGGGCUUGUGUGGAUGGAGACAGGCUCACGACGACAACUUUGACUGGAGCCGACACAGUGGAUCGACUCCUUCUGACGACACCGGGCCGAGUGCUGACCACACCACUGGAAGUAAGUAUUAUUCACAAUCACAAUGGUCAAAGGCGGGGUAA